CGUCACAUACCAGACAAAAACCAUGGGGCUCCCAAAUGCUGAAGCUGAGCAAGAUUAACCCAUUUCGCCGUCACUCCCACAACCCUCAAUUACCCAUAAAAGUCUCUUACUUCGGACCAGAAAGCUAAUCCAUGGCGGAAACUAGCACAAGCAGUGGUAGCAACAGUGAUUCGCCUCUGUUUAGAAUAGCCCCAGACCAUCUCUUCACAGUCCUGCUAUUACUUCCUGUCGAUUCAAUUCUUUCCUUCGCCAUGACCUGCAGGAGAUUCAGGUCCUUGGCAUCAUCUGACACUCUAUGGGAGUCCAUAUGCAGGAGGGACUGGGGUCCAUCGUCAGUUGAUUCUCUCAAGUCUAGCAAACAGGAUCAACAGCUGCCAUGGAUGAGGCUAUACAAGCAGGUCUCUAGGCUUGACUGUGUUUCUUGCUAUAAGCUUUCUGACCCAGAGGAUGAAUUGGUCUCUCCAGGUCCCAGAGCCUCUCACUCUCUCAGUUUUGUAUCCGAUUGCUUGGUCUUAUUUGGUGGUGGCUUUGAAGGAGGACGUCAUCUUGAUGAUACAUGGGCGGCAUAUAUAGGCAAUGAUUUUCGGAGGAUUGUGAAGUGGCAAAAGGUUAGUUCAGGCAUUCCUAGCGGAAGAUUUGGGCAUUCAUGUGUUGUAAUUGAUGACUCUGUUGUACUCUUUGGAGGAAUCAAUGACCACGGGAAUCGUCAAAAUGAUACCUGGGUUGGCCAAGUAUCGUUCCAUAAGAAUUUUGUUAUCACAAUUUCAUGGAGGCUGCUUGACGUGGGUCCCACUGCACCACAAGCACGUGGAGCCCAUGCGGCCUGUUGCAUAGAUGUUAGAAGAAUGGUUAUUCAUGGAGGGAUUGGACUAUUCGGCCUCCGCCUGGGUGACACAUGGAUUUUAGAACUUUCAGAAAAUCUUUGUUCUGGAACAUGGCAGGAGAUUGUUACUCAUCCAUCACCUCCACCGUGUUCUGGACACACAUUGUCAUGUCUUGGUGGAAACCAGACGGUUUUGUUUGGUGGUAGAGGGUUGGGUUAUGAGGUGUUAAGUGACGUCUGGCACCUAUAUGUAUCUGGUGGUUAUGCAAAAUGGGUACAAAUACUGUAUGAAUCACAAGAUAUACCUCAUGGAUUCUCUCUCCCACGAGUCGGUCACUCCGCUACACCCAUUGUUGGUGGUCAGAUAUUGAUCUAUGGGGGUGAAGAUUCAUACAGACACCGAAAGGAUGACUUUUGGGUGUUGAAUGUUGGCACUAUUCCAUCCAUUAAAGUGCAGGCAGCAACAUCCCAUAUCAGAGGAAUAUCAGGGACGAUGUGGAAAAGGUUGAAGGCAAAGGGUUAUGAACCCAACCACCGGUCAUUCCACCGAACCUGUGCUGAUCCUUGGGGGCGUUAUCUUUACAUGUUUGGUGGAAUGACUGAUGGCUUACUGCAACCUAUGGAGUCAUCUGGGCUCUUGUUCGACGGGAAGCUCUUUCUUGUGGAGCUUGAGCUCUAGCUGUAAAAGAAUAAAGUAGAAUGCUCGAGCAGAAAGAUGCACUUCUACCAUGCCUGGCUUGUAGACAGUUUUCUCCAGUAGUUCUCUAGCUUGUUGGUUUCUACUGUACAUUAUUGAUAGACAAUCUUAUCAAAAUAAAAGCUUUUGAUGUCUUUUCUGUACUUGAAAAGAUCAAGACUUGCGAAUUACUGCUCUUAGAAUGGAUACUUGUAGAUACUUGUGGCUUCUGUGAAAGCCGGUUA